AUGCCCGCCCCGCCCUCCCGCGCCUCCGCCGCGCUCCGCAAGCCGCCGCCGCCGUCUGCUGACAGCGCGCCGGGUGGUGAAGAGCUGCUGGCGGAGGUCGAGGCGGAGAAGCGCGCCAAGGGCAAGAAGGGCAAGAAGAAGAAGAAGAAGGGCGGCGGGGCGGGCGGGGCUGGGCCGUCGCAGGAGCUCGAGGAGGUUGCCGAGGCGCCGUCGGAGGCAGACGCAGUCGAGGCGGCGAAGAAGGCCGAGGAGGCGAGGCUUCUCCUGCUUCUCGAGACGCUCACCGAGGAGAGGAUGCGGUUCAGCAUCACGGCGGAGAGCCAGGCAGCUGCGUCGGCAGAAGUGGCCGAAGCUGCGCGCUUAGACGCUGAGGCGGAUGAGGCGGAGGAGGAGGCGGAGGAGGAGGAGGCGGCCGAGGCGGCGGCCGAGGCGGCGCUGGCGGCGGCCGAGGCGGCGCUGGCGGCGGCGUUGUCCGCCGCCAAGGAGAGGCGCGCGGCCACUGCCGCUGCGAGGGCAAAGGCGGCCGCUGCCAGGAUGGCGGCGGAGGCGGCCCGGCGCUCGUAG